UCUACAAGGAAUUGCAACGAGAGAACAUGAAGCUGCUAAUCUUCGCCUGCUUGCUUGGCCUGGCUUUAAGCCACGAGGUGUACUACUAUACCCCUACCUAUGGGUAUUACCCCGGGACUUUUGCCAGGACCUCGCCCGUCCUGCCUCUGGCCUAUUCCCGUUUGAUUGCCCCGGCAGCCGAAGAAUCGCAUCUUUACCACAGCGUGGCGACCCCCAACUCCUUCCAGCAGCAAUAUCGCAGCGACUACAAGCCCCUGACCUAUGAGUAUCUCUACUAGAUUCGGGGAGGGCAACAAACCCAACCUUACGCGACUUGUAACCAAGUGAAAUUUGAAUAAAGUUCGACCACCUCAUCGAAGGGGUUUAACUCUGGAUAA